GUACAAAACUACCAGAUGGGGAAGUUGCAGCACUUGAGAAAUCCCCUCAGACUUUCCCCAUUCUUGACCCCCUCCCCACUCACCCUUGGUGACCCACUGCUCAGUGGUCCCAGGGCAGCAGUGAGACAUGUCCUUUUCUGUGACCAGUGGUGUUCCAGGUCGAUGGACACAGGGCCAGGAGGCCCCAUCAGAGAAGACUGACAACAGCUGUGACCCUGGCACACAUUUGGGAUAUGACUCCGGAAUGCACUGGUGGGUAACCCUCAAUUCAGGAAGCCUUGGGAGAACCCACGGGGAGGCAGCAGCUCCACCAGAAGCUACAAGGGAUCAGCGUUUUUCUGACCGAAGCCCUGGUUCGUCAGUGAUGGAGAUGGAGCCAGAGAAAGUCAUCAUGAGGAAGGGGCUGAGUGCGGAAGCGUCCCCCUACCGCUGUGCUGCGUGCCAUGGGGACGAGGGCGUGGUGCUGGGCCACCCCAUCCGGGGUCGGGCCAAGUCCUGCAGCCUGUCUGCCUUGCCUGCGCUGGCGAGCACCAAGGAGUUCAGGAGGACCCGCUCUCUGCACGGGCCAUGCCCAGUGACCACCUUUGGACCGAAGGCCUGUGUGCUGCAGAACCCCCAGACCAUCAUGCACAUCCAGGACCCUGCCAGCCAGCGGCUGACGUGGAACAAGCCCCCGAAGAGCGUCCUCGUCAUCAAGAAGAUCCGGGACGCCAGCCUGCUGCAGCCCUUCAAGGAGCUCUGCGGGUACCUCAUAGAGGAGAGCAACAUGAUCGUGUACGUGGAGAAGAAGGUUCUGGAAGACCCGGCCAUCGCGGGUGACGACAGCUUUGGGCCGGUGAAGAAGAAGUUCUGCACCUUCCGAGAAGACUUCGAUGACAUUUCCAACCAGAUCGAUUUCAUCAUCUGUCUAGGGGGCGACGGGACCCUGCUCUAUGCCUCCUCGCUCUUCCAGGGCAGCGUGCCUCCCGUCAUGGCAUUCCACCUGGGCUCCUUGGGCUUCUUGACGCCCUUCAACUUUGAGAACUUUCAGACCCAGGUCUCUCAGGUGAUACAGGGGAACGCAGCUAUUAUUCUUCGGAGCCGGCUGAAGGUCAAGGUCGUGAAGGAGCUCAAAGGGAAGAAGAUUGCCAUCCCCAAUGGGGUCAGUGAGAACGGGGUGCUGGCCUCGGACUGGGACCCGGAGGUCGGGAAGCAGGUCAUGCAGCACCAGGUCUUGAAUGAGGUGGUGAUUGACAGAGGCCCCUCCUCCUACCUGUCCAACGUGGACGUCUACCUGGACGGGCACCUCAUCACCACGGUGCAGGGUGAUGGUGUGAUCGUCUCCACCCCGACGGGCAGCACAGCAUACGCAGCGGCUGCCGGGGCCUCCAUGAUCCACCCCAACGUGCCGGCCAUCAUGAUCACGCCCAUCUGCCCCCACUCGCUGUCUUUCCGGCCCAUUGUGGUCCCUGCAGGAGUCGAGCUCAAGAUCAUGUUGUCACCAGAAGCACGGAACACCGUGUGGGUGUCCUUUGACGGGCGCAAGAGGCAGGAGAUCCGCCAUGGAGACAGCAUCAGCAUCACCACCUCCUGCUACCCGCUCCCCUCCAUCUGCGUCCAAGACCCCGUGAGCGACUGGUUCGAGAGCCUGGCCCAGUGCCUGCACUGGAACGUGCGGAAGCGGCAGGCGCACUUCGCAGACGAGGAGGGCGAGGAGGCCGAGGAGGGCGAGGAGGCCGAGGAGGGCUAGCUGCCAGCCUGCCGCACACGCGGGCCGCUCGCGGGCCUCGGGCGUCACCGCUUCUGUCUAGCAAGGAGCCCAGACUCUGCCUUUUGUCCACCGGAUCAUCCGUUUUUAACAUUUUAAAUCUGACCUUUUUUUGCAUUUCUGAAUAAGCCAAGAAAGCAGCAGCAGGUGCUCUGAAGGCAACAGCGCGCGCCAUGUGGUCCGUCCACGCCCGUCCCUGGGCCGGGACGCCAGCUGCUCUUCAGAGUCCCUUGUCUGGAAGCCUCCGUAGAUCAGUCUGUUAUAUCGAGGGGAUUGAAAUGGAUGGGUCUGUCCUUUGGUGUUGAAAGUGUCUCACAGCCGGAAGCCCUCCAGCCACACGCCUCCCUCGCGCUUCACCCCUGAGGUUCGAGGGGACAUGUGAAGGGCACUGGGAAGGGUGCGGCAGCUGCUAGGCACAGGGGCUCCAUCCCUCCCGCCAUCCCCAGCCUGUCUCCUGCCCCUGCGUCUCACCAUGGCCCGUGACGUGGUCAGUGAGCCUGGUGCUGACCAGGGAGGUCAGCCCACACACAUUCCUCACCAAUCAGAGUUGGCCUCCCUCCCUCCCGGAGGGUCUGGAGCCUCUUGCGCCCUGACGUGCUGGCACAGAGGUCCUGCUGGGCACGCAGGGGAGGGUCCCAGGGAGGGUGUAUCCUGCUGUGAAGCGCAGUCUGUGCCGUGUGCCUGUGUCCUGUGUCCUGUGUGUGUCCUGUGCUCUGUGUCUGUCUGUGUUAUAUGUCUGUCUGUGCUGUGUGUGGGGCCAUCUGUGCAGCCCGUUGGGGAGCCGUGAGCCUUCGCAGUUGUCACAAGAUGGGGACAGACAGGUCACUGUGGAGAGGGUGGUGGUGUUCGUGUGGCUCCUGGGGCAUCAGGUCACCUAUCCUUCAGCGGUCGCCCUCCCUUGGCUAGCGGGCUGGGGGCAAACAGCAUGCAUGUGAGAGCCACACGGCCCAGCCUGUAGGGAGCCCACGGUCGGAGCCACGGCUCACUCUGGACGCGGCCUUGGGCCCCUCACCCAACAGGCAUCCGGAAUCCGGGCCUGUCUUGAGUCUUGGUUCCUCUGAGGGGCAGUCUCAUCUGCUAGACGGGAGGAGGGCGGGGCUGACGCCCUCAGUCUCCCCGGAGCUGGCUGUGUAGCCUGAGCGCCAUGCCGCCAUCUCUGCCCACGUGUGUGGUCCAGUGCUUUCCCCACUCUCGUCCCUGCUGAGGCCCCUCGGCAUCUGGACCUCAGUGGUGCUUGGCACUGGCCUGGUGUGGGGCGUGGGGGUGGGCUCUCACCGCCACCUGCCCACCCGCUUGGCUGGCCAACCUCCCUCUGGCACUGGGUUCAGAAGAAGAGCCUUUGGAAUCCGGCCACUUGCUGAGACAUGGGUGUCGGCCCAGCCCUGGAGCAGCAGGAUGGGAUGAUCUAGAGAGCUUUGGACUUUCUUAAGUAAAUUCUCGAUGUUUCAUAUUGUUAAUAUCCUAAAAAUUUAUUAAAUGUUGAAAGCCUUACUACUAUUUUCAGAUC